CUAUCACGUCUGGCAUUUAGAGUUGAAAUAUAAAUGCUUCUACCUCUUUCGACUAAGCCCACUCUUCAAAAAUGCAUCGUUCAUUUAGUAUAUGUUUAAUCCUGACAUUAGUAUAUUUCAUUAUCGGAUUGUACAAUGAUGAAGUUCGUGCAGAAGAUGUUGCUGCUAUGGAAACAAUAAAACAGACCAAUAUCGAGGUGGACGACAUAGGAUGUAUACCGCCUUCCGAGAUGGACUGUGACGAAGAUAUUGUAGAUAUGUUUGUUCCCGCUGGCACAUUGUGUUUCCCUGUAAAUGAAGCUGGACCAAAUCUUAUCUGUAUUAAUGGAGAAUGGGUCGAAGCUAUCUCAGUCGAGUCAGUUCUAAUAAAUUGUGACAUUGUAGUAGCAAAGUCGGACAGAGAAAAGAGAUCUCACGCGGUUUGUACUACACAUCGUUCAAGAAGACGUUCAAGAUGGAGAAGACGUCGAAGGAGAUCGCCUUAUCAGACGUGUAUAAGUCCAAACCACGGUCCUCAAUUUACCAAAUGUCCAUCGUCUCUAACAUUUUAUGCUCCGUCAAAGAAAACAGAAGCGGUAGUCUCCUGGGAAGUACCCGUUGCAACUGACAUAGAAGAUGGCAAAUUAAGUGUUACACAAACGAGUGGGCCGAAAAAUGGCGGUAUCCUAGAUGGUGAUCCAAAUGGUAGAAAGUAUUAUGUUUAUUACAAAAGUGCAGGAGAUACCGGUGGCUUGACUGCUACUUGCAAAAUAGAAAUUAUAGUAAAAGUAAUAAUCUGCCCUAUACCCAGUGCACCAAAGUUUGGUACUAUCGAUUGUUCAGGAACGUACUAUGGACAUUCUUGUGUAUUCGCCUGUGUUAUUGGCUACGGCCCAACAAUUACAGGUAUGAUGUGUCAAAUGAAUGGUCAAUGGACGAAUGGAGGAUCAUCUGAAUGUAGAGGUGUGAGUUGUCCCCAGUCCACUCCUACCAUAGAACAUGGGCAUUAUUCCUGCAGUACCUUCACUGUAGGAACCACUUGUAAUCCAACAUGUGAUCAAGGAUAUUCUGUGUUCAAAUUUUAUCCUAUAACUUGCAAAAACGACGGACAAUGGUCACUUCCAGUGGGUACUAUAUGCAAAGAUUCCGAUCCACCCACUUUAUCGAAUUGUCCAUCAAAUAUAAUGAUAUCUUCUGACAAAGGAGACACUUCAGCUGUCGUUACAUGGGAAGUGCCAUCUGCCUCUGACAACCAGGAUGCUACUAGCCCUUCAGUAAUACAAACCGCUGGCUCUAUAUUGCCUGGUACCCGGGUUGAAAGCGGAGUUGUUUACACAGUAAAAUACGUGGCUUUCGAUAGCGCUGGAAACCCCUCAGAAGAGUGUUCAUUUAACGUGCAAGUAAAAACUACUAAAUGUUCCUCUAUUUCUGCACCACAUUAUGGCUAUUACCAGUGUGACAAAGGUUUCAUUUAUGGAAGUCAGUGUUCUUACUCCUGUUACAAAGGAUAUCUGUUACAAGGAGCGACCUUGGCAACAUGUGACCAGAAUGGCGUAUGGAGUUCAUCUGCGCCAACAUGUAAAGAGAUUGAAUGUUUACAACCAGACCAGUACGGGAUAAAUUUAUCCAAUGGUUACUUCAGUUGUCCUUCUCCAAUAACGUACCAGUCAGCGUGUUAUCCAGUUUGUAACAGUGGAUUCGAACUUGCACAAUACGCGACAGCGAUAUGCAUAGUAGAUUUAAAUAAUAAUCCUUCGCUAAGUUUGAGUUUGCAACCCGAAUGUCUUGAUAACGAACCUCCAACGUUUAAUGAUUGUGUAGGAACAAAAGUUCUUACAUUUCCUGCAGCAAAGGGAAAGACAACUGCAGUAAUACAGUACGAUAUCCCAACAGCCUCUGAUAAUGUAGAUCCUUCCCCUGAAGUUAUAAAGAUACGAGGACCAGAUAGCGGAGACACCGUGGACGCAAGUGAUAUAGAAUAUGUUGAGUUUCAAGCAAUGGAUGAUGUUGGGAACGUCUCACCACUGUGUUUAUAUGUCCUUCAAGUAGAUGUUACUGAAUGCCCUGCCUACAUUCCACCAGAUAAUGCAGAAGUAUCCUGUACAUCAGACUAUAUAUAUGGUAGUAUUUGUACAUUAACCUGUAAAAUAGGUUACGAAAGUCAGAGCUCUGCGGUAGUUCAAUGUUUAGAGGACGGGUCAUGGAAUGCCACAAACUUUGAAUGUUCAAAGGUUCUAUGCCCAUCGGUGCCAACACCUCCAGACAAUGGAUUUUACUCUUGUGCAGCAAACACCUUUCCCUAUGGCACAAUAUGUCAAGCAAUUUGUAAUGAAGGUUUUGCACUAUCACAAAUGUCUUUCGCAAGAUGCACGUUUGAUGGGACUUGGGAAAUAUCUACAACCCCUGAUUGCAUAGAUGCUGAACCACCAGUGAUUAUAGACUGUCCAUCUGAGAUAAAGAUUAAUGCAGAGAGGGGAUUAGAAAGUGCUAUUGUAACUUGGACUGUGUCAUCAGCUAAUGAUAAUUUUGAUAACAGUCCAUCAGUAAUGAGAGUGUAUGGACCUAACUCCGGUGAACGUAUUGAAGAUAGCGCGAUAGUAAAAUAUCAGGCAACAGAUUCUGCUGGCAACCCAUCAGAUAUUUGCACAAUAUAUAUCACCGUUACAGUCAUCAGAUGUACUUCACCAUACUGGCCCGAUGAUGGAAGAAUGUCAUGUGACCUUGGUAACAUUUACGGGAGCGAAUGCACAUACACGUGUGAUGAAGGUUAUGAAGUGUCAUUUCCAUCUACGACUGUCUGUGAGGAAGAUGGUUCUUGGUCUUAUGGUGGCCAACCGCCAUCAUGUUCUCCAAUAACCUGUGGCCCACCUCCAAGUGUGUUAUAUGGAACAUUUGCUUGCAUCGAUAUUAUGUAUAGGUACGAAAGUUUAUGCAUACUGGAAUGUGCCAGUGGAUAUUCAACUGAUAGUGCUGUAUAUGCAAUAUGUCAGUCAAGUGGCGAAUGGCAUAUCUCUUCAAAUAGCAGUUGUAAAGAUAUUGUUCCACCAACCUUAUUAAACUGCAAGACCUACCAGACAUUUUACACUGAUCGUGGUUUGGAUACUGCACAAGUAACAUGGAGUAUUCCGACUGCAAUUGACAACACAGACAACCCUAGCGACAUCAUCAUUGAACAGCUAUCAGGUCCUACAAUAGGCUCUAGUAUCAACAUAGGGACGACAGUAGUUGACUAUAGAGCUGUUGAUACGUCUGGAAAUCCAUCCAUCGUGACAUGCUCUAUUACGAUAAAUGUAGAAGCUGUUUAUUGUAAUCACCCGAAAUAUUAUUUUGAUGACGUGAACUUGGAAUACACGUGUACAUCCUUUAACUGGGGCGAUACAUGUAGCUUGGCAUGCCCCUUAAAAGAUUCAUUAAAUUUAGAAGGACCUGAUUUGAUAACAUGUGAGGCGACUUUCUCAGGUUCUUCACCAGUAACAACCUGGGAAUAUGAGGGUAAUGUUGUACCAUUCUGUGAAGGUGAGUCAUGUGCCGAGUCACUCUAUAUAAAAUAUACUAGAUUUUGAUCAUUAUUAUGUAUA